AUGGGCGAGCGGCUCGGGAAAGGCUCGUUCGGCGUGGUGCACGAGUGCCGCAACCGCCACACGGGGUUCCAAUACGCGUGCAAGAUCAUCGACAAGAAGCAGCUGCGCGACGACGCCGACGCGGAGGACGUGCGCCGCGAAGUGCGCCUCCUAGCGCGGCUCGCAGGCCACCCGAACGUCGUCGAGUUGCAAGACGUGUACGAGGACGACGGCCACGUGUACUUAAUCAUGGAGCUCUGUUCCGGCGGGGAUUUAUUCGACGAGAUUAAGCGGCACGGGCCGUUCGCGGAGGAGGACGCGCGCGCAAUUUUCCGCCAGCUCGCGACGUCCAUGGCAUAUUGCCACGCGCAGGGCAUCAUGCAUCGGGAUAUCAAGCCGGAAAACGUGCUUCUGCUCGCGCCUACGGGACGCCCCCCGGUGACGCCGCAGCCUGCGCUUGGGAGGGAGCAGAGUGGAGCGGACAGCAAGGGGAAGGCGGAGGGAACGGCGGUAAGUUCCGCGCAAGGGCAAGAGCAGGGGAAGGGGCAGAGUCCUAGUCAGGCACUGGGGCCUGUGAUUCGGCACUUAAACCUCGGGUUCCUCGGUUCGUCGGCCCCUGUGCCGAUGGCGCGAGGCGGCGUGGCGAAACUCGCCGAUUUCGGGCUGGCGAUGGAGUUACCACCAGGGGAGUCCGCGGCGGGGCUUACAGGAAGCAGGUACUACACGGCGCCGGAGAUGGUGCGCGGGAGGCGGUACGGGAAGCGCGCCGAUGUAUGGUCCAUGGGCGUCGUGCUAUGCACGUUGCUCACGGGGCGCCUGCCGUUCGCGGGUAAGACGCACAACGACGACGAGGGCUUGCGAAAGUCUAUCCUCCGCGGGGCGAUCAACUUCGAAGCGGCCGUCUGGCGGAGCGUCUCGCCGUUAGCUCGCGACCUCGUCCGGCAGAUGCUGACGGUCGACCCGCGCUGCAGGCUGAAAGCGAAGCAUGUGGUUGAUCAUCCAUGGCUGCUGUCUGUUGCCUGUCCCCCGCGACUCACGUCAACAUCCCUCGUGCCGAAAGGAAGGGGAAUACCCCUUUCGGAGCUCUGCAACAGCGCCGCGCUUGCGGCGGCGGCAGCGGCGGCGGCGGCGGCGGGACUGAUGAUUGCGGAGGCUGGGGCGGGUCCCGGCUCCCCCAGUGGCUCCGAAGGAAGCGCGGGGGAGGACGACGACGACGGCUCGUAUUCGCCGGACUACGGACCAAUCGGAAGCAUUCCGCCGUCGCCUCCGGGCGAACCGCUCCCCAUGCCCAGCCGCCCCUGCUCCCCCCUUCCUGGGCGCAAUUCCCGCUCGCGCAAGCCAGGCACGCCCAGGAGCUUCCGCCGCACUCUGUUUCCGCCAGGAGGGGGGUCUGGCGCAGCCGCGGGAGCAGUUGGCGGGUCGACACGGGGCGGAGGGAAGGUGGGUGCGGGGGCAAGCGGAGGGCCUGCGCGGGGCCCGGCAGCAGCAGCAACAGCAGCAGCAGCAGCAGCAGCAUCAGCAGCCAUGGCUCUCGGACCAUCCGAUGCAUCUCCUCCCGCCACUCACUCCGCUAACGAGUCCCCCGCUCCUCCGCCCCCCGCCGUUCCCCCCGGCAACAGCACCGCCGCUCCUUCCGCGCUGCCUCACAGCCCGGACGCAGCCAAUGGGAGCGACAAGGAGGAGGGUAUGGUGCUGCAGCCGUUGGUAGACUAUGGUAAUAUGGACGACUGGGAUGAAGAUGCUGACGUGGAGGAUGAUCUUCUAAGGCCAGCUGUCGAACGAGUCAGCGAUUCGCCCUCCCGCCCUCCUCAUUCCCCCUUGCCUGCCGCGGAAACGAAGGGGGGAGAAGGAGAGGGAAGGAAAAGGGGAGAUGGGGAGGAGGAAGGUGCGAGGACGGGCGGAGAGUGGGGGGGGGGAGAGGAGGGUGAGAAGGACGGGGAGAUUAGCGAAGAAGAGGGGAGGAGUGGCGGGGAGGGGAGGGCGGAAAGGGACAGAGGAGACAGAGGGCAUCAAGUGGAUGAGUUUGGGCGGGUAGUGCGGAAAGGGGAGGGAAGUGAGAGCGAUGAUGAUGCAAGAGACACUGGGGGAACCGGUGCUGCUAGUUCUGCUGCUCCUCCCUCUGCUGCUGCUGCUCCCUCUUCUGCUGUUCCCUCUGCCCCUGCACCCUCCCCUGGUGAUGGUGAUAUGCCUGGGGCAGCAAACGGUGGGGCAUCCUCAGAGGAGAAGGGCAAGUCAGAGGACGAUGUGUCCAUGGAAGUCGAUGGGAGGGAUGAUGAUGAGAAAGACGCUCAAGAGGAAGGGACUGGUCGGGAGAAAGGCAAGGGUGGUGAGAAGAAAAGAUCCGGGAAGAAGGAAGGGAAGAGUGGGAGCAAGCAUGGGAGCCGCAGCGGUGCGGGAGGAGGAGGAGGGGAGGAGAAAGGGGGAGACGGGAAGAGUAAGAGCGGGCUGAGCAGCAAACAGGCUCUGCUGAGAGUGGGGGUUGCGGAAGUGGUAAAGGAGGUGCUCAAGCCUGUGUGGAAGGAGAGGGGGCUGUCUAGGGAGAUGUUUAAGACGAUUGCGAAAAAGGCAGUGGAGAAAGUGGUGGGGGCGGUGCAGGAGAAGCACCUGCCCAAGAACGAGAAGCAGGUGCAGGCAUAUCUUAGCGAGCACAGGAAGGAACGGAUCACGUCGCUCGUCCAGGCCUAUGUGGACAAGUACAAAAAGGGUUGA